AUGAUCUUUUGUUUAAUCGAACUCAUUAACUAUCCAGAUAUUCAAUCUAAAUUAAACAAUAGUAUUUUAUCUUCAAUUUUUCCAAAUGAAACUGUAAUUACCCAUAGUAAAUAUCGUUCGUCUAUUCAAUAUUUAACAAUGGUAAUGAAAGAAACCUUCCAUAUGUACCCUAUUGGACUUUUAGGUAUUCCACAUGUAACAUCAGUUGAUGUAGAAGUUGAAGGUGUCAAAAUUGCUGCAGGAACUCAAGUAUUCCAAAAUAUCUAUGCAUCACAUAGAUGCGAAGAAUUCUUUAGUGGUUCAAAUGAAUUUAUACCAGAAAGAUUUAUGGAAUCAUCAAAUUUAAAUUACGGUAGCCAAACAAACCUUGUUCAUAUUGGAAUCGGUGUAAGAGACUGUAUUGGUAAAUCAUUAGGUGAAACAAAAUUUUUUACAUUUUUAUCAACUCUAAUUAACAGAUACGAAUUU